UCCCUUCGACAGCAGCAGCAGCGUGUGUAAACCAAGGCUUGACCGCUGAGACAGUCAUCUAGUUCAUCCAUCCAUCCAUUCAUCCAUUAGGUCGCACCGCCACAACUCAGACAAAAGGCAGAUCGAGGCCACAUAAUCAACCAACCAAACACGUACAGCCAGCCAGCCAGCCAGCCAGCCAAACGAUACACUCGAUCACAGCACCUAAGCUUCCGGCCGCUGCUGGCGGAUGGCGACGACAGUGCAUCGCCAAAAGGUAGCCACGGGUGCGAGGCCAGCCACACAAUCAAGGCGACCGACACACAAUCCCAUGGACACAAUCCAUGCAUUGCCUGCGGUGUCUGCAUUGUGUCGUCAUGCAGUUGAUACGGUGAUGUCGCCUCUGCGGCUGCGCCAUUCUUCAUUUGCACUGAACGUGUCCUUUUCUCGGACACUCACUCACUCGGCAUAGCAUACAAUACUGUAGGUACGAUAUAUAAAGCACCCGGCCGGCCGGCCGGCCGGGCCGUUGGUUGUCAAUUACAUACUGACUGACUGACUGGCUGCACCUUUUUCUUUUCCCUUCUCUCCCCUCAUCUGUCUGUAUUGUAUGUGUCAGCCUCUCAUGCAUAUGCACUCGGAUGCAUGGGAUGGACCGUUGCUGGAUGCACGCCAUGGAUCCUGACGAUGGCUGGAUGGCUGGAUGACCGUGUUGUGUGUGCAUCACUCAUAUCACCCCCACAGCGAGUGGAUGAAGGAGGGCGCCACGCGGAAGCAGAAGACGUUGCCGCGACGCCGGUCGAGACGCGUCACACGGUCACGCGCGCGGCGUCCCGUCACCAAUAUCUCUCUGCCGGACAGACACAUCAACACACACAGAGAGCCUUUCCUUUCCGUGCCUCACUCAGGCUGUGAGUGAGUAGACAUGUCAUUUGUGUUGUGUUGUCAGACAGACAGACCGCCUGACUGUUUAGGUAGUUUACCUACCGUAUGUCGUCCACGAAUUCCCUGUUGAUGUUGUAGAAGCAGUGCCUGAGUACGUCGCUGUUGUGGUCGACGAAGGUCGUGUCGACGACGUCGAUGUCUAGCCACACGUUGACGCUCUCACGGCCCACCGCCUCAGCGCUGUCCACACUGCUCACACGCGAGUCGCGGCUGCCCUGCUGACCGCGGCGGCUCUCAAUCACACGCACCUGCCUCUCCUCUGUCGGUGGCCUCUCCCCCCUCUCCUCUGUCGUGGCGUCAUCUCCUUCGUCCACCCCCUCUAUCACAAUCGUGGUCUCGUCCGUGCUAGUCACCACUGCCGCGGCUGCCGCUACUGCACCCUCGGCUGUGUCGCCUGCUGCCCUCACUGUCCGCCCCUCGGCCACCAGGCCCUUCGGCCGCACGUGGAACGACUCCGCCGUGCCAGAUGCAUAGCUGUCGACGGCGUGCAGGAGGGCGGCCCUGCUGUCUGGUGGAGGGGAGGUGCCGCCCGUGGCGUCCAUUGGUGUGCGGGAGCCGCUGGUGGUCGACGGCUUGACCGUGUCAGCCUCGCUCUGCCUGUUGCCCACACCCUCCCUCUCCCUGUCCCUCUCCUUGUCUCGUAGUGGGCCGGAGGCGGCAGGGGCAGUGAGUGUGUGCGCCAACAAGGGCGACUGGAUGGCCCCCGAAGUGACGUCAUCCGAUUGGAUCUGUGCCACCACCUGCCGCACACCCACAGGCGUGCUGGGGUCCUCAGACGCAGUCGCAGGCGGCCGUCGCGACCUGUCCCUCUCCUUCUGUGUCAUGGUCUUCUCUGGGGGCGUGUCGCCAUCCCUGUCGAUGUGUGGCGAGAGGGGGGGCGGGAUGGACGAGGCGAACCCGAGAGGCAGAUCGUCGCCACGCAGCAGACGGCCGGGGUUCUCGAUGGCCGUGGCGAGGGUCUGGGAGAUCCGCAGUCUGCGGGGCGAUGGUGUGGGGGGGACUUGGUAUGAGCCCAGGGGCCGCCUGAGGUCGAAGAUGCGCUUGCCGAGACUGCGCUGCCGGUUGAAGACCUCCGAAAAACCGAGAGCCUGACACACAGCACAGCACAGGGGAGGGGAGGGGGGAGUGAUGAAGCGUGUGAGUCUGCGAGUGUCGUGGUGCAGGUAGGUACCUUACCUGGUCCUUUGUGUCGCCGUAGAGAGUGAUGUGCGAACAGACGUCCCGCAGAUCCUCAUACUCCUGCCAGCCAUACCCACCACACACAUCCCUCUCUCUCCAUGUCCAUCCAUCGAUCCAUCUCCCCAGCCACCCACCCCAGCCACUCACCUCUUGCAAAAACACGUCAAGUGGGUAAUCGGGGUUCAGCAGCAGCACAGUCGCCACCUGCAGGCCGCCUUUAUCCUCAUUUUCACCCUCUCCCUCGCCCUCAUCGUCGUCGUUGUCCUCAGUGUCGCUCUCCUCGGGGAUGCCCUCGCCGUUGUUAACCCCAUUCAUGCGGGCGGGGGAGGGACAUGCGUUGGAGUGGUCGGGGGUGCUGCGGUGGCUGCGGUUGGGGGAGGAGGACGUCAUGGCCAUGCCGUGCAGGCCCAUUCUCUCGCCGCGAGGACGACGUCGGCGGGGACGCUCGGAGGGCAGGAACAGGCUGUGGGGUGGGGGAGAGAGAGAUACCAUUGAGGGGGAGAGGAGAGAGGAGGGACAUAGUGAGUCAGUGAGUGAGUGUCGUUUGCCGGUCUGUGUGCAGUGCAUGUGUGUGGGGCGGUGCGGUGGGUCAUUAGUCCUCACUUUUCUUCGUAGCAUCCUCUCAUUCCGUUGAAGAAGGUCCGGGCGCCAGCGGAAUGCGACAUGAUGUGCACGCGGCGCACACCUACACAUCACACCACACCACCACAUACAUAUGCAAUGCAGUCAUCUCCCCUUGUCAUGUCAGCCACCGCACGCCGCACUUACCCUCAGACUUAAAUGCCUUGAUGCAUCUUGUGAAUGCCUCCCGGAUGUCGCGCGAGUGGGCCUGGUUGCGCGCCAGGGGGUACAUGAGGGGCGAGAAGGGGCCGCUGAUGUCCCCAGGCCACGUGAAGACAAACGGCCGCAGGCGAGACGGCAGCUUGGCAAACGCCACCAGCUGCGCCAUCUGACCCAGACCCUACACACACACACCAUUCUUUUCCUUCCUUCAUUCGUCCCACCGUGGUCUCUCUCUCGUGUCGUGUGUGUGACCCUCUCCCUCCCCUCGCUGACUGACCUGUGCGUGCUGCGUGUUGAAGCCGUGAAUAAAGAUGACCACUUCCUUCGAGUCCCCGCCGAACAGCGACCGUGGGAGUGACCCGAGGGUGCGCUGCGACUGGUCGACCGACCGGUGCGAGUCGCCCACGCCCCUGCCGCCCCCGCCCCCGCCCUCCGCGCCCGGCAUAUCGAUGUCCUCCCUCAGCAACUCGAUUUGGCCGAAGGGCGGCUCGCCCUCAAAAAGGUCACUGUGGUCGUCAAGCACCGAGACGGACUCCUCGCCGUCGGCGUGCUGCAUGAGCUCCUCGUGCACACGCGGGGACCUCUCGAUCUCCACCCUCGUCUCCCUCUCCCUCUCCCUCUCUGCUUCAGCGCGUUGCUGCUCCUCUAGCUUUGGGUGGGCGGGGACAAGCAUGUCAGAUGAGAGAGGGGGGAGCAUUCCGGCCUCAUCGGUCAUGCCGGCAGCGAAGGUCCGCGCGCGCUGCUUGCUCCUUGGGCUCAUGUCGUGUGCAGGGGCUCGGUGUGCUGCCGUGGAGACGGACGUGCGGGCGUGCUCGGGGGGGUGGCGGACAAACGACUCAGGCGAGGAGGACGGGUGGGACGAGGGGGUCUUGUACCGGGGCGCUACAGGGCCUUCGUUGACCUCCAGCCGGCCGUCGGGCCGCACACGGAUCGAAAACACAUCAGACAAACCUGCACAGCACAGCACAAACAGACAGACAGACAGACAGUCACAAACAGACAGAGACACAGAUCUCUCCAGCGACCCGACCCAUGUCAGCAGUCAGUCAGUGAGUCAGUAAGAUACGCGUGGUUGGUGGGCUGACCGACCGGCGUUGCUUUGGUCUUCUUCGCCGAUAGUGGGGGGGAUGCCGGUGAGAAUCGACUUUCGCACACCAGCGGGCGAUGUGCCGCCGCCCCCGAUGGGCAGCGAUAUGGACGGCCGGACACCCAGCCGCCCCUCUGGCUGGGUGGUGACCCGCAGCUCGGACGUCUUGCGAUCGACGGCUAUGAUGAUGGACUUGGAGGGAACGACAUCCUCGACACCCGCUGGCACAUCCACCUGGUCGCACAAGAGACAGACAGGCACAACAAAGAGACACGUCGGUGUGUGUGUGUGGGGGCAGGGGUGUGUAUGUGUACCGACCGAUUCUUUGAGCAUUCUGAGGCACCACCUGAGUGUGCCGGCCUGUGAGCGCUUGGGCGUCUUGUGCAGGACGGCCUCAACCGCCGGACGAUAGGGCCGCGGCGCCCUCAGCGGCUGACGCAUGUCCACCUGCAGACAUGCAUACAUCCAAUCUAUGGCCAUCCAUCGCCGCACCGCACACACAGACACAGAGGCCGUCAUUUCAUCAAUCUGUCUGACCGUGGGGUCGAAGUAUCUGACAAGUGGGAAGUCCUGGAAGAAGCUGCCGGACACUGAGCACUCGACGGACGCGACGCCCCACUCGACCAUAUUUGGCUUCUUUGGGUUGCGACAAGAGGCGUAAGCGAUGCGGCAAGUCACGAAGAUGCUGCCUGUACCGACCUGGGCGGCAGAGAGUUUGAAUGGACCUUUCAGUAAGGGAGUGCACACGAGUGCGGAUGCGGUGUGUAUGUGCCCACCUCCUGCGACACAAACGGGCCGAUGGGGAAGCCGUGACACCAGUAACCCUGAUACACACGGACACCAGAAGCAUCCCCCCAUUCAGAAGUGGGAUGGGGGUCCUUUAGAGAGGGGGAGGGAGGGAAGGGGUGAGUGGAGGUGAGCCCACCCUACCUGCAGCCGUUCGCCGGUUUCAGUGUCUUCGAGCCACUCGCCAUAUCCGUCUGGGCGGCCCUCAUCAUCCAGCCCGCCCUUGUAUCGCAGCUGAUGCGAGAAUGGCUGGUGGCUGCGACGCACACCUACACAAACACAACACACGGACGGUAGGACAAAUACAGACAGAGAUGCGAUGCGAUCGCUGCGGUUUGUUUCUGUGCGUCUGUCUGUCUGGGUCGGGUGGGUAGCUACUCACCUGGGUCAGCUGAGCACCUGUAGAUGGACCUGAGGCACCAGGUGAUGAAGCAGCAGGGGUUGUUGCCGCACCAGCAGUCGCUCGCACGGUCGUACGCAAAGUAGUUUUGCCGCCGACGGAUCAGCCACAACGACUCGCCACACGGACACCAAAACCCUACAGCACAGCACAUCACAUCACACACACACACACACACACACACACAGAGAGAGAGAGAGAGAGAGAUGUGUCACUCACUGCAGACGCGUGCCACCAGACAGCCACCAAUUUUACCCCCACCUUGUGAGGCGAUUCUUGGGGCGUAUCUAAUGAUGAGUUGUGUGAGGACGAUAAUCACCAGCUGCGCCAUGAGGUAGACGAUGAAAAGGUAAAGCCCCUCCCUCUCGGACCACCCGGGCUUAGGCUCCUCGGUCGUAGGGUCCUCCUCAGGGUUCCACAACAGGUAGACGCCAACGCACAGUAUGAUCCACGCGUAAGAGAACCACAUCGACCAACGGAGCGACAGGGAUGUCUGGAUACUGACCAGGUCAACAGAACCCAUGGCAGGACAGGCACACAGACGCACACACCCAUGGCACACACAAGAUGUGACGUUUGGCUCACUUCACUGACUGGGGAGCUGAGCUGAGCUGACCGUCCCUACCGUGCGAACAUGAGGAGGAGUUUGAUAACGAAGAGGAGAAGGACGACGUCCCUGAUGAUCUCCCUGGGCGUCUGCCCUAUGCGGAUGUAGACGCCCGCCCAGAUCUUGCCAUCCUGCUUCUCACCGCUGUCCGGGAAGGACUUCUCGGGGGGGGCGUCGAAGUACCCCAGGUGGAUGAAGCCGGUCAGAAUGAGGCAGAAGACCACCACAAUGAAGGUUCGCUUGUUCUGCGCCCGCUGCCUCACGCCGUGGUACUGACGCCUCAGCCGCCUGUAGUCCAUCUGCAUCAAGGCAACGCAACGCAGGGCAGGCACCCAGCAAACGGAUCAAAGGAGAGAGACAACAGAAAGACGGACACAAAAGAGGGAGGCGUUGUGACUGAUGAUUCUUCUCUCUUGUGUCCUUGUCUUGUGUGGUUGGCUCACAUAGUUGAUUGUUGACUUGAGCCGCUGCGGGAUGGGGUGGACGUAGUAGGGCUCUGGCUCGUCGGGCGACUGCACGAGUGGGUAGAAAUCAAACACACACACGCACACACACACACACAAACCGAUAGAUACACAAUACCCCUCCCUGUCAUCUCACCGCCGCCAUGAUGUGGGGCAUGGGGGCCACUGACGCCAUGGUGAUGGGAUGAUGACAGAGAGAGGGAAGGAUGGAUGGAUUGGAUGUGUCAAUCGACUCGACAAUGGAUACUAGAUAGAGGGGACAGAGGGAGGGAGGGCCUGGCACGGAGGUGGGCGGGUCAGUGAGGCUCAAUCAGACGAUUGAUUUUCGGAACGAUGAGAGAGCAAGGGUGGUGGACAAGGGGAUGCGAUCACAACCAACAUGCCGUUGAUGGUCUUCCCUCCCUGAAAU